AUGGACAGGAAGCGCCCCAAACUGCUCAUCCUGAGGAGAGACACAGUAGAGGGUCGGAUGGUAGCGAGACGCAUUGCUCUGGAGGAGGACACGCCCCUGAGCCACGCAGCCAAUCAGGAUCCAGACCUCAGAGAGGGAGCCAAUCAGGGAGACCAGGGCGGGGCUGGAGUAGAGGUGAGGAGUGGGGCGUUUUCAGUGAUCUGAAAGACGUUUUGAACAUUGCACAUACGUUGCAGAGACACUUUUAUCCUAAGCAAUUGACAGUAAUUUACAUAGAAAUGACAUUGCAUACGUUUUAUGCUCUUGGCACCAUCAUUUCAGUUUCUUCAGCUAUAGCAGGUCUUUCUGAAUGUUCUGUAACAUUUUCUAGAGCUGACACAAUUCCCUUUUCUAUCUGACAAGACAAUCAUAUCUGUUCUACACCAUAUUUCUAUCUUAACGCGCUGUAACAUUACAGGUCAGUGGUGAAGAGGAGGUGAUCCAGCUGGAGAACGACAUGCUCCCUCUAGGGGCGGAGGUCCAGAUGGACAUCCUGGGGAGUCUGGCCCAGGGGACUGUGGAGGGAGAGGGGAGUCUGGCCCAGGGGACAGGGGAGGGAGAGGGGAGUCUGGCCCAGGGGACAGGGGGAGGGAGAGGGGAGUCUGGCCCAGGGGACAGGGGAGGGAGAGGGGAGUCUGGCCCAGGGGACUGUGGAGGGAGAGGGGAGUCUGGCCCAGGGGACAGGGGAGGGAGAGGGGAGUCUGGCCCAGGGGACAGGGGAGGGAGAGGGGAGUCUGGCCCAGGGGACAGGGGAGGGAGAGGGGAGUCUGGCCCAGGGGACAGGGGAGGGAGAGGGGAGUCUGGCCCAGGGGACUGGGGAGGGAGAGGGGAGUCUGGCCCAGGGGACAGGGGAGGGAGAGGGGAGUCUGGAUGGACCGCCUGGUGCCUGGUUUGAGCCCCUGGGGGAGAACGACUUUGACGAUGUGGAAGGUGAAAGUGAACGGAGGUAUGGAAUGUAUUUCUUCACUCACACCUGAUCUUCCUGGUGCUGAUUUAGCUGAUAGUGGCUAUUUAGAAGAAGGGUGUAUUAAAUGACUGUAUUCUGGUUGUUUUCCCACUAAAUGCUCUGGAUAAGAGGGUCUACUAAAUGACUGAAAUGAAAAUGUUAUUGUUGUUAAAUUUGUUAGUCUCUGCAUUCUGCAACUGCCUUGUUUUAGAACAGUGGUCUCAUUAACUGGGCAUACCAUGUGCUCCAGAACAUGACAACUUGUCAUCCCUUUUAUUUGAACAAAGAAAGUAAUGCAUGUCCCUUAGCAGAGCUUGGCCUUGUGAUAGACUAGCGUCCUGUCCAGGGGGUGUACUGGUACAUCAAGCUGUCUCACUACAGAAACAGGAGAUAGACUAGUGUCCUGUCCAGGGGGUGUACUGUACAUCAAGCUGUCUCACUACAGACACAGGAGAUAGACUAGUGUCCUGUCCAGGGGGUGUACUGUACAUCAAGCUGUCUCACUACAGAAACAGGAGAUAGACUAGUGUCCUGUCCAGGGGGUGUACUGGUACAUCAAGCUGUCUCACUACAGAAACAGGAGAUAGACUAGUGUCCUGUCCAGGGGGUGUACUGUACAUCAAGCUGUCUCACUACAGAAACAGGAGAUAGACUAGUGUCCUGUCCAGGGGGUGUACUGUACAUCAAGCUGCCUCACUACAGACACAGGAGAUAGACUAGUGUCCUGUCCAGGGGGUGUACUGGUACAUCAAGCUGUCUCACUACAGAAACAGGAGAUAGACUAGUGUCCUGUCCAGGGGGUGUACUGUACAUCAAGCUGUCUCACUACAGACACAGGAGAUAGACUAGUGUCCUGUCCAGGGGGUGUACUGUACAUCAAGCUGUCUCACUACAGAAACAGGAGAUAGACUAGCGUCCUGUCCAGGGGGUGUACUGUACAUCAAGCUGUCUCACUACAGAAACAGGAGAUAGACUAGUGCUCUAAGGCUUAAACACUUUAUUCUGUGUCCAGACCGUCUCCUAAGCGAAGGUGGAGGUGGAAGCCUCCGGUACAGGGUGAUGACGACUGGGAAGACUGCUCCGCUCUAGGACCGGGCUGGAAACGCAAAGUGGUGUUCCGACGCUCAACCACCCUGUCCACUAAGAGGAAGUGGGAUGCGUACUACUGCAGUCCUAAUGGGGACCGUAUGAGGAGCAAGGUUAACACUUCUUCUAAACACUUCCUUAACAGUUCUACUGCAAUAAGAGCAGCGUUCAGUUAUGAAUUUAAUGUUUAGAUUUGGAUUUAACAGGUGACUAUCAAUAAGGGAUCAUAGCUUUCACCUGGACUCACCUGGACAGUCUAUGUCAUGGAAAAAGAGCAGGUGUUCCUAAUGUGGUUCAAGUCCUGAUUGGCUGAAAGCCGUGGUAUAUCACACCAUAUACCACGGGAGUGACCACAUAUUUAUUUUUACUGUUCUAAUUAUGUUGGUAGCCAGUUUAUAAUAGCUAUAAAGCACGAGGAGGUGUUGUAAAUGGCCAAUAUACCACGACUAAGUGCUGUUCUUACGCACGAAGCAACGUGGAGUGCAUAUAUACUUCCAUUAGCCAUGGUAUAUUGGCCAUAUACCACAAACCCCCGAGGUGCCUUAUUGCUAUUAUAAACUGGCUACCAUAAUAAAUGUUUUGUCAAAGCCGUGGUAUAUGGUCUGAUAAACCACAGCUGUCAGGACUCGAACGAUCCAGUGUAUAUUUUUAUUCCAGACUUUGACAUUGCUCAUUCUGAUAUGAUAGUUUAAUUUCUUGUUCUUUUUUUAAAAAAACUUUGGGAUUAUGUGUGUAUUGUUAUUGUAUUGAUAGAUAUUGUUGGAGCUAGAAACGUAAGCAUUUCGCUACACCUGCGAUAAUAUCUGCAAAACUGUGUACGCGACCAAUAAACAUUGAUUUGAUUUGAAACUCUUUGGUCCUUUAAAAACCUGCUGUAUGUAAAAUAAUGUGUUCUAUAGCUUGUAAAAUAAAUAAAUGUGACUCUGGAUGACAACAGUGAUGUUUGUUAACAACAUUAGGGCUGUUUUCCUAAAUAAGUUAAAUCCGCUUGGUGUUUCCCUUCCUUGCCAUGACACUAAGGAGCAUGGUGAUGCUGGUAUGGUCCAUGACACUAAGGAGCAUGGUGAUGCUGGUAUGGUCCAUGACACUAAGGAGCAUGGUGAUGCUGGUAUGGUCCAUGACACUAAGGAGCAUGGUGAUGCUGGUAUGGUCCAUGACACUAAGGAGCAUGGUGAUGCUGGUAUGGUCCAUGACACUAAGGACUAUGGUGAUGCUGGUAUGGUCCAUGACACUAAGGAGCAUGGUGAUGCUGGUAUGGUCCAUGAUACUAAGGAGUAUGGUGAUGCUGGUAUGGUCCAUGAUACUAAGGAGUAUGGUGAUGCUGGUAUGGUCCAUGAUACUAAUUAGUAUGGUGAUGCUGGUAUGGUCCAUGACACUAAGGAGUAUGGUGAUGCUGGUAUGGUCCAUGAUACUAAGGAGGAUGGUGAUGCUGGUAUGGUCCAUGAUACUAAGGAGUAUGGUGAUGCUGGAUGGUCCAUGAUACUAAGGAGCAUGGUGAUGCUGGUAUGGUCCAUGAUAUGAAGGAGGAUGGUGAUGCUGGUAUGGUCCAUGAUACUAAGGAGUAUGGUGAUGCUGGUAUGGUCCAUGAUACUAAUUAGUAUGGUGAUGCUGGUAUGGUCCAUGACACUAAGGAGUAUGGUGAUGCUGGUAUGGUCCAUGAUACUAAGGAGGAUGGUGAUGCUGGUAUGGUCCAUGAUACUAAGGAGUAUGGUGAUGCUGGAUGGUCCAUGAUACUAAGGAGCAUGGUGAUGCUGGUAUGGUCCAUGAUAUGAAGGAGGAUGGUGAUGCUGGUAUGGUCCAUGAUACUAAGGAGUAUGGUGAUGCUGGUAUGGUCCAUGAUACUAAGGAGUAUGGUGAUGCUGGUAUGGUCCAUGAUACUAAGGAGUAUGGUGAUGCUGGUAUGGUCCAUGAUACUAAGGAGCAUGGUGAUGCUGGUAUGGUCCAUGACACUAAGGAGCAUGGUGAUGCUGCGAAGGAGUAUGGUGAUGCUGGUAUGGUCCAUGAUACUAAGGAGUAUGGUGAUGCUGGUAUGGUCCAUGAUACUAAGGAGCAUGGUGAUGCUGGUAUGGUCCAUGACACUAAGGAGCAUGGUGAUGCUGCGAAGGAGUAUGGUGAUGCUGGUAUGGUCCAUGAUACGAAGGAGUAUGGUGAUGCUGGUAUGGUCCAUGAUACUAAGGAGCAUGGUGAUGCUGGUAUGGUCCAUGACACUAAGGAGCAUGGUGAUGCUGGUAUGGUCCAUGAUACGAAGGAGUAUGGUGAUGCUGGUAUGGUCCAUGACACUAAGGAGUAUGGUGAUGCUGGUAUGGUCCAUGAUACUAAGGAGUAUGGUAAUGCUGGUAUGGUCCAUGAUACUAAGGAGUAUGGUGAUGCUGGUACGGUCCAUGAUACUAAGGAGUAUGGUGAUGCUGGUACGGUCCGUGAUACUAAGGAGCAUGGUGAUGCUGGAUGGUCCAUGAUACUAAGGAGUAUGGUGAUGCUGGUAUGGUCCAUGAUACUAAGGAGUAUGGUUAUGCUGGAUGGUCCAUGACACUAAGGAGUAUGGUGAUGCUGGUACGGUCCAUGAUACUAAGGAGUAUGGUGAUGCUGGUACGGUCCGUGAAACUAAGGAGUAUGGUGAUGCUGGUAUGGUCCAUGAUACUAAGUAGUAUGGUGAUGCUGGUAUGGUUCAUGAUACUAAGGAGUAUGGUGAUGCUGGUAUGGUCCAUGAUACUAAGGACUAUGGUGAUGCUGGUAUGGUCCAUGAUACUAAGGAGUAUGGUGAUGCUGGUAUGGUCCAUGAUACUAAUUAGUAUGGUGAUGCUGGAUGGUCCAUGAUAUUAAUUAGUAUGGUGAUGCUGGUAUGGUCCAUGACACUAAGGAGUAUGGUGAUGCUGGUAUGGUCCAUGAUACUAAUUAGUAUGGUGAUGCUGGUAUGGUCCAUGAUACUAAUUAGUAUGGUGAUGCUGGAUGGUCCAUGAUACUAAUUAGUAUGGUGAUGCUGGUAUGGUCCAUGAUACUAAGGAGUAUGGUGAUGCUGGUAUGGUCCAUGAUACUAAUUAGUAUAGUGAUGCUGGUAUAUUCCCAUUCCUAGGCUGCAUGUGUAUGAUCUGUAUGUGAUAUUUUUUAUUGUUUUACAGUGAUGCUAAAGAACGAUGUCUAGCCUUGGAUGGACAAUAAAGUUAUAUUCUCUUCUAAGGUUGAACUGGCCAAAUACCUCCCUAGUGGCGUGGAUCUCUCUCAUUUCGACUUCCAGUCAGGACUCUUCUUGGAUGAGAAAAACAGACUGAAG